AUGACCACCAGCUCACUUAAAUCCGGCGGCGACACCAAAAUCCUUGUCAUAGAUCACAACAUCAAGCUCUUUGUUUUCGCCUCCAAGCUCACUUCCCUUUGCGACACCCCGAACGCCUUCGUCUUCUACAAGUACCAGCUCCUCGGUGAAGAUCUCAAUGCCCUCAACUCCGUCGCCAACGACGAGGACCUCGACCACAUGAUGAUCAAGGAUUGUUUGGAAGCGGAGUUGUGGAGGCUGUUUUUUGGUCUCAAAGUUGUAGUUGGUAAAGGCCUUUCAAAGAUAAUUGCGGAAAUGGAUUCUGUUGUUUCUGUUCAUCUCAUUCAGGAGCCUAUUUUAGCUACGCUUCAUUCGCUUGCUAGUAUUUUGACUAGUUGUGUUAAGCUCAUGAAUCAGUUUGAUAGCUGUGCAGUUAUGCAUAUCUACAGAGAAAAGAAUUGUGUUGCAAACAGAUUAGCUAACUGGAGCUAUAACAUGGGUCUUGGUACAAAAUGGAAUAUGGGUUUGAACUUUGUUUCCCGGAGUCAGUCCUGUGUAAUUUUUGGGGCACAUUUCAGUGAGUCGCUUAUGAAAAGAUUUAGAGGGAGCUAUUUUGGGUACCUAUUGGGCCUCCAUAAAAUUGCAUUUAGUGGUCAAAUUGUGCAUGCUCUGGCACUCCGGCGAGUCAGAGGAUUUGGUGUCAAGGAUAUGCUGAGCCUUAGUUAUGUAAUAGGGUCCAAUGUUGUUCAAUUCAGUGUAAAGGAUUUUUGUUUGAUAAGUGGUCUGAAAUGUGGAACAGAGCCUGACAUAACGUCCGGGGGGGAUGCUCAUAAUCGAUUUAUGAAAGCGCAUUUUACCAACAGGGGUCACAUUACUUGCCAUGACUUAGAAAAUGCAUUCUUAAAGUCCGAAAGAGGAAGCGAGGACUCGUUCAAAUUGGGACUUCUGUAUUUUGUGGAGUUUGUGAUAAUGGAUUCUCUGUUGUUUGCUCCCAGGAAGAAAGAGACUGAUGAAGAGAAUGAUGGGAAGGGAAAAGGACAGAAAAAGGGGAAAAAGGCGGUGCGGAGUUUAGUGAGAAAAGGGAAGAAAAACGUGGAAGAUGAGAAGCCUAAAAGAAUUAACAGACCUGGAUGGAGUAUAAAGGGAUUGAGCUAUGCUCUCCAGCCUGUUAUACUGUGCCUCUUACGACCAAGUCAAUUGGAGAUAAGCCAACCGUAUUGGAGUUGGGGAUUAGAUGUUCCUGAAUGUGAUGCACCUAGUGUAGCUCUGCGGGUAUGUAAGGACCUUGAUGAGUUAAACUCUAACUCUAUUGUGCAACAGUUGAGGAAUGAGGUUGUAGUAUUGCUCCGUGAGAAGGGUCAGCUAGAGGAGAAAGUUUUACGAUUGGAAAAGUGUACCAGUCAUGCAGACGCGAGGAAGACUGGGGAUGCUGGAGAGGAGAGGAAUAAGACUGAGGAUGCUGGAGAGGAGAGGAAUAAGACUGGGGACGCUGGAGAGGAGAGUGGUAAAAUUGAGGAUGGUGGAGUAGCCGAAUCGAGAGAGCAUUGUGUACAAAAUGCGAACGAAGAGGUGCAAUAUACACCAUCGGAAGAUUGA